AGCGGUGGUGGCGGAGGCGCGAUCGUCGGGCUGUAACCGUCGUCCGUCCGGUAGCGGCUGGAGCGGCAGCGGCAGCCGGGCACGGCGCUUGGCGACGCCACAAGGCAGCGGCGGCAGCGGGGGCAGCGGCGGCAGCAGGAGACAUAGCGGCGGCCGCAGCAGCAGCAGCAAGACGGACUCGUGGACACGCGCCGCCGUCGCCGGGCCGGGCCGGGUGUCGCGCGCCGAGGCUGGGGGGGAGUCGUCGUCGCCGCCGCCGCCACCGCUACCGCCGCCGCCGCCGCCGCCGAGGUGACUGAGGAGAGAGGCGCCUCCUCGCUCCCUCCGCCGCCGGACGUCAAUGCCCAGUCCCCAGCUCGCCAGCGUUUUUCGUUGGAAUAUACGUUGCACAUUUAUGGCGAUUCUGAGUGUGAGGGCAGACUUCUGCCAGGCUCAGCACAGCGUUUUUGCUGACAAGUGAGCUUGGGGGUUCUAUGUGCCAUAAUUAACAUUGCCUUGAAGACUCUGGACACCGAGACUGGCCUCAGAAAUAGUUGGCUUUUUAAAAUUUUAUUGCAAGCAUAUUUCUUUUAAUGACUCCAGUAAAAUUAAGCAUCAAGUAAACAAAAGUGGAAAGUGAUCUACACUUUUAACUUGUUUCACUAGUGCCUAAAUGUAGUAAAGGCUGCUUAAGUUUUGUAUGUAGUUGGAUUUUUUUGGAGUCCGAAGGUAUCCAUCUGCAGACAUUGAGGCCCAAGUUGAAUUUGGAUUCAAGUGGAUUCUGAAUACUUCUGCUUAUCUUGAAGAGAGAAGCUUCUUAAAGAAUAAACAAGUUGAAUAGAGAAAACACUGAUUGAUAAUAGGCAUUUUAGUGGUCUUUUUAAUGUUUUCUGCUGUGAAACAUUUCAAGAUUUAUUGAUUUUUUUUGUUUUCAUUGUCCCCAUCACACUCACAUACGCACGCUCACACUUUUUAUUUGCCAUAAUGAACCGUCCAGCCCCUGUGGAGAUCUCCUAUGAGAACAUGCGUUUUCUGAUAACUCACAACCCUACCAAUGCUACUCUCAACAAGUUCACAGAGGAACUUAAGAAGUAUGGAGUGACAACUUUGGUUCGAGUUUGUGAUGCGACAUAUGAUAAAGCUCCAGUUGAAAAAGAAGGAAUCCACGUUCUAGAUUGGCCAUUUGAUGAUGGCGCGCCACCCCCUAAUCAGAUAGUGGAUGAUUGGCUAAAUCUAUUAAAAACCAAAUUUCGUGAAGAGCCAGGUUGCUGUGUUGCAGUGCAUUGUGUUGCGGGAUUGGGAAGGGCACCUGUGCUGGUUGCACUUGCUUUGAUUGAAUGUGGAAUGAAGUAUGAAGAUGCAGUUCAGUUUAUAAGACAAAAAAGAAGGGGAGCAUUCAAUUCCAAACAGCUGCUUUACCUGGAGAAAUACCGACCUAAGAUGCGAUUACGCUUCAGAGAUACCAAUGGGCAUUGCUGUGUUCAGUAGAAAGAAAUAUAAACGAAGGCAGACUUGAUUGUGGCAUUUAGAGGGAACUCUUGGUACCUGGAAAUGUGAAUCUGGAAUCUUAACUGUGUCAUCAAAGUAGUGAUGGAUUCAGUACUCCUCAACCACUCUCCUAAUGAUUGGAAAAAAGCAAACAAAGAAAUCCCUCUAUAACAUGAAUAAAAUGUUUAAGAAAAGAAAAAGAGAAAGAAAAAAGGGAUUAAUUCCAUGGAGAAUGGUUUUGCUCUUAGUGUUGGAGUUUGAAUUUCUGCCAGGAUUGAAUUAUUUCAGAAUCUCCUGUCUUUUUUAACUUUUUCAAAAUAGGUCUCUAAGGAAAACCAGCAGAACAUUAGCCUGUGCAGAACCUUCUGUUUGGGGAGCACACUCUUCCAUUAUGCUUGGCACAUAGAUCUCCCUGUUGUGGAAUUUUUUUUCUUUUUUCUUUAUUUGGAGUUAGGGUUGGGAGCUACAAUUUUACUCUCUUCUCUCCUUUUCCCUAUCCCUCUUUUUUCCCUUGAUACAAGUUGUAGAUGGAAUAGGAGAAGCCCCUGUUGCUAUAGAUGUGUGUGCAGUCUGGCAGCCUUAAGCCCACCUGGGCACUUUUAGAAAAAACAACAACAAAAAAAACAAAAAACACACAAAAAAAACAAAAAAAACCCACCCAAAAGCAGUGGCAUAUAUGUUAUAUGAUCCAGGUGGAUUUUAGUCUUUACUGAUGAUGGGGUGUUCAUGUUAGUUUCUUUCCUUGAGAAUGCUAUACAACAUUAGGCAAAUUAGCCAAGAGCCUUUUGUUUGGGUUUUUGUUUUGGUAAGUUAAAGUGGGGAAAUGGCAUUUUAAGAGGAGUCUCUUUUUUCAAAGAACUUAGCUGAGAGUCAAAUUCUUCUCUUUUCCAACCAAUGAAGCUAAGUGGGUAUCACAGAAACUUUUGUUUUCUGAAGGGGGAGUACUCCGGUCCAUCACUAGAGGUGUGUCCAGACAGAGAGUUAGCAUACUUUCUACACCUUGUAGAAUUGUGGGCUGUAUGUAGCAUUACUCUACUUUUCUGUCUAAUGAUGUCAGAGAAUGAAUGCUGGUAGUUUAAAAUUUUUAUUUUAGGACUUUUUGUGCUCUGAAUUUUCAGGAACAGUCAGAGGAGUAGCAGCAAAGACACAAUAUUUUGGACUUGAGAAAUGCCUGUUAUGGGUAUUUUCCAAACUGCCCCAUAUAUAUAUGUACAGUUCAGUUUAACCACUGAUUGCCUUGUUAUUUUCUUACUAGGUUCUUUAUGAGAUAAAACCAACAAUGCCUAGUGAGUGUGUGUCCACAGGCCUAACAGGGUAGGAAAGAGGUGUAGAACAGCCCAACCAGUAGCAAAAGGACUGUGUUGCUAGUGAAAUUGGUGUAGUGUCAUUUUUGCUGAUUCUUUUUUGGGUUCAAUAUGCUGAUCUAGAAAAACUGUUUUUCUGCUCUUUUGUGGAAGGCAGUUGUGACUAGGCUGUACUGACAAAGCAAGUUGAAGGACACCAUCAGGGGCUCUUGCACUCUUCAUUUAAAUAUUACACACUUUCUAGUGCUCUGCUUCUAAGGAUUUGAAUAAAGGCUUAGGGUCACCUUGUCCUGCUGGAAUUUGCUAUGCAGAGCCAUGAACUUCCCAUUUUGUUAGGAUCAGCUAGACCAGUAGGAAUGGACUGAUGAUACCUCAGAGGUUGGCUGGCUAUGUGAACUGCCUAUCUCCUAUGCCGGAGUUGUUUUGCUCUUUAAAUAAAAAUCUGUAGAUUCUCUCCUCCCCUAUCCCAGAAAACAAAACAAAAUAAUGCUUUUUGGAAUUGUUUCUAGGAUUUUAAAGUGGAAAAUGAUGGUACUAUCCAAAAUUUUUUAUUUCAGAAUACAACAAUAGAUUCCUAUUAACAUAGAACCAAGAUCAAAACAAAUAUUCUCUAAGCUCAGAUAGAUGGUCUAAUGACUCCAAGGGUUUUGAUCAAUAUCAUAAACCUUUUUCCUUUGACAUGCUCUGAUUUUUGUUGUAUGGGGGAGGGAGAGACAGAGAAACAGGUUGUGUGUGUGUGUGUGUGUGUGUGUGUGUGUGUAUGUGUAUGCGUGUAUGCGCGCGUGCGCGCACAGUGUCCACCAGUAUCAGUGCCUGCCUGAGUUAGGAAAAUUACAUUCCUAGUUCUGUAUGAGGAGAAGGGUGUAUAAAGCAACAUGAAACAUUAGCCCCCAUUUUGUUUUAAAUUGCUGACUAAUGUUAAUUAUUCUCAGAACUGGAUUUUCUUCCUCAAAAUUAAGUUUUUUUUUAUCUUUUGGAUUUAAUGAAGUAUUGCUAGCUGAAGCCAGUUUGACAUGGUGGGAGAGAUGUCAGACUGAUGAAAGGUGUGCAGCCUGAUUUAAAACCAAACCCUGAACCCUUUUAAAGAACAAUAAACAUAUUUUACAUGCUC